CUGCCACCUCCUCCACUCCCCAAUAAAUUCCCAAGACCGGUCAUCCUGCCGCCGCAGCAAGCUGCUUCCCAAGAGCUGCAUGCUCCUCCGCUCACAGCCCUGAUGAGGAUGGAAAAGCGGUCUCGCAGCUCCUCCAGGGAGUCCCACCGGAGGACCAGAGAGCCCGCAGACUCACAGGGCAGGAGAGAGAAGGUGGAGAGCAGAAGAGGAGCCAGCAAGGACAGAGAGGGGCUCAAGAGGGGGAAAGCCAAAGAGGGGAAGAGCCCCACAGAGACAGACAGCAGAGUGCCGAGCUCCACGGUGGUGGACGUGGAUGAUGUCGUGUCUUUCGACGAGGAAACAGAGGUGAUGGCACUGCUGGAAAGCGAGCAGCAAGAGGAAGGGAUGACAUCUCCUGGUCGAGGUAUCUGUGAAUGGCUUCUUACCAUCUUGUCCCUUCUCUUCAUCAUAUUGACCUUCCCCAUUUCUGUCUGGUUCUGCAUGAAGAUCGUGCGGGAGUACGAGAGAGCCAUCGUGUUCCGACUUGGGCGCCUCCUUCCUGGAAGGCCCCGAGGGCCCGGCCUUUUCUUCUUCCUUCCCUGUCUGGAUACAUACCACAAGGUAGACCGUCGCCUCAAAACCCUAGAGAUCCCCUUCCAUGAGGUGGUGACCAAAGACAUGGUUACUAUGGAAAUAGAUGCUGUCUGCUACUACCGGAUGGAAAAUGCCUCUCUCCUCCUAACCAGCGUGGCCAACCUCUCCAGCGCUGUCCAGCUGCUGGUGCAGACAACCAUGAAGCGCUUGCUGGCCCAUCGAUCCUUCAGUGAAAUCCUCCUGGAGAGGAAGAGCAUUGGCCAGGAAAUGAAGGUCACCUUGGAUGCAGUCACAUGUCGCUGGGGAAUCAAGGUGGAGAGAACAGAAAUCAACCACGUGCGGCUGCCCACUGAACUGCAGCAGUCCCUGGCAGUGGAAGCAGAGGCCCAGAGACAGGCCAAAGUGCGGGUGAUCGCUGCCGAGGGGGAGAAGGCUGCCUCUGAAUCCCUGAAGAUGGCAGCCGAGAUCUUAGCCAGCUCCCCAGCUGCUGUCCAGCUCCGUUACCUGCACAUGCUGCAAUGCCUGUCUGCCGAGAAACCUUCCACCAUCGUCCUCCCUUUGCCCUUUGACCUAAUGAAUCUUGUAUCUGCGGCUAGCCACAACUCCACGGGCAGCAGCCUUCCCACCAGCGCUCCCAAUCACCCUGAGGCUCCAAAGGACAAGAAGGACUCCCCCAUGCUAUAGAGCCAUGCCAGGGGAAGCUGGCGCUCAGACAGGACUGCCACACUGAUGAACACCUUCUACCAGGUCACUUAUCUUC